AUGACUGGUAAGUGUGCCUACGUGACCCUGAGUAAUGGGGUGCAAGUGCCCCAGCUCGGCAUCGGGACAUGGGAGGCGAAGGAUGGCAGUGAAGUCGUUCAGAACAUCAAGUGGGCUGUCAGCGCUGGCUACCGUCACAUCGACACCGCGCACUUCUACAGGAACGAGAAGGGCGUUGGCCAGGGAAUUAGUGAGUGCGGCGUGCCGCGUUCUGAUAUAUUUGUCACGACGAAGCUGUGGAACUACGACCAUGGCUACGACAACGCCCUCGCCGCCUUCGAGCAGAGUCGCCAGGCUCUUGGGGUGGAGUACGUGGAUUUGUACCUCAUCCACUGGCCGGGGCCAAAUCGCUCGUACAUCUCGACGUGGCGUGCCUUCGAGAAGCUGUACGAGAUGAAGAAGGUGCGCGCGAUUGGCGUGUCCAACUUUGAGCCGCACCACCUUGAUGACCUGCUGGCAAACUGCAAGGUACCACCGAUGGUGAACCAGGUAGAGAUGCACCCUCACUUUCAGCAGAAGGCGCUCCGCGCGUAUUGCGCUGAGAAGAACAUCGCCUUGACAGCAUGGCGCCCGUUGGGCAAGGGUGCCCUACUGACCGAGCCUAAGCUUGCAGAACUGGCGGAAAAGCACAAGAAGUCUGCAGCGCAGGUUAUCAUUCGCUGGUUCGUCCAACUCGGCGUGAUCGUCAUCCCCAAGUCCAGCCACGAGGAGCACAUCAGGCAAAACUUUGACGUCUUCGACUUUGAGCUUUCCCAGGAAGACAUGCAGGCACUCGAGUCAAUGGACAAGAAUUCACGUAUCGGCUUUAACCCUGAGUCCUUCUUCCCAACUGAACGCAACUAG